ACACAGACUCGUUUUCGUACUAAUACAAUCACCCUUCCAAAUCUGCGAUAAAUAUUUUGCAAUAAAUUAGUUUUCCAUCUACAGCUUUGUAUUGUAGAGAGCCUAACGUUCAUUAUUCAAAAAGUGUCUUCCUCUUCCUAAUAAGAAUUUGCCUACAUUACCUGCAAAACGAAUGGCUCUAAAGCAAAGUGGCCAAAUAAUCUGCAACAGAAUAUUACCCGGACAAUAAACAUCGGGUCUAUUAUAGAAACAUCACAGCCUCUUAAGGGACCAGUGUUGAGUAGACCUUCCAUCAGAUAACAACAGUUCAAGAGUUUUUUUUUAAUACUGUUUCGCAAGGAAAAUAGAUCGCACACGAUGGGCGAAACUCGAGCAACAAUGGUUUCCAGCAGAACGAUCGUGAAUAUUAUGAAUGUGACCAUCCUCAAAGCUGAAUCGACGGUUAAUAGUGGCGGUAGUGAUCAUGUUUGCAAGUGCUUGAAACAGAUAGAUCUGUUGCUGUUGAUCUAUCGAUUUAUCCGUUAUGUAUGCUUCAAUUUGUUUCGGAGUGCACAGUGGCAGUAUUUUAUUAUGCUAGAAGCUAUGAGACGUUGUUGCCCAACAAGCAACCAUCAGGAACAAGGAAUUCCGCAAAUCAGUUCAUGUGAUAAAGCGAUUGAACUCCCCGAUGAAGAAGAUAUAGAAGAUAAGGAUUCGGACGAUCUGUGUUAUGACAAUUCAUGGAUUGAGGUGGACGGUGGAUUCUAUGAUGAUUCUUCCAGCGAGUGGGAAAUAAUACACAACAACUCUUGGUAUGUUGGAGAGGACAAUAACGAUAUAUCUUCAUUGAGCAGCAGAACAGAAGAAAAUAUUGUUUUUUACUUGGAGAGCACAGACGACAGCAAGGAAAACGACCAUGAAAACAUCUACAACGUACAACGCAUUGCAGCUAAAGACCCCUUAGAACCAUUUUUCGAACAAUCGGAGAUAGACUGGGAUGCUCCGCUUUGUGAUCAGUCCGACGAAGAGGAAAUGGAAGAGGAGUUAUUUCAUCAAUACGAGGAAAUCUACAUCGACGACGAUUGUUUUGCUUUGGUUGCAAGCUGCCAAAAUGAGGCCAGUUUUUGCACUGAUGAGGAUUUCCACAAGUUGGCGAGCGAUGUUUCUUCAAAUGGAAAUGUUGCCAUUUGUUCUAGUGUUUUCACAUCAGAUGAAAUUCUAGAAGAUGCCGAUGAUGUACUACCAAUCGACGACGAAGAGGUUUUGGCAGCAAUCACUGGUGUGUCGAAGAAGCAUCCAACUUGAAGUAUUCAUGUGCUCUAUGACUAGAAAAUUAGUCGAUAGUUGGACAAUAUAUUAGUACAUGCCAAUGUACAAUUCUAUGGAAUAAUGAGACUGGUAAUGUAUGACAAUUUAAUAAAUGUGAUAAUCUAAUUUAGUUUAAAAUAUUUAUAAGUAAAACAUUGUAAAAAUAAAUCAAUAAAAUAAUGAGAUAUUUGAAUCAAA